GCGAGAGCGGACGGCAGACGCAGCACAAAAUGCUUGUGUUUCGAAUAACAUUUUUUGUACUUUUUAAAUCAUCGCUCGCCAGCUAUAAUGAGCAAUAUCGAGUUCCCUUACUGUCUUCGGAUCGUCGGGAGAGCUACGUAUUCAACAACAAGGAGUUCAUAAUCCAGAACCUGCCAGUUUCCUGGGAGAAUGCUCAGUUGUUGUGCCGUGGCCACCACAACAGUUCGCUCGCCAUUUUAGAUUCGAAGGAGAAAGCGGGAUUUCUAGCGGAAGCGUUGUCAGAACUUCAGUUUAGUAUAGACUCGGUGUGGGUGGGAGCGAGACGGGACUCGAGCGAGGACCCCGAGGGCUACCGCUGGAGUCACGGUGUAGAGCUGCGGCGGACGGCGGCUGAUGUGCUGGCGAAUGAGGACGAGGAUGGAGGACAAAGAUUUCCUUUGUGGUUGAACAGAACCCACGUACCAGUGCCGGAUGCUGGUGCUGACUGCGUGGCGCUGGAGAGAGUCAGACACGACAAUCCCGUGUUCCUAGACCUGCCCUGCCUUAUUGAGAGACCGUUCGCAUGCGAAAGAGAGGCCCGUGUGGAGCGGCGCGUCGCGGAGCUGCAGAGCGUGCGGUGCCGCGGGGGGCUGUACCGACUGUACGACGGCCGGCUGGACUGGCACCAGGCCGCCGCCUACUGCAUCCUGCACGGCAUGGCCUUAGCAAAUGUCGCAUCAACCAAGUGCCUCAAGAAACUGGGAAUGUCGAUGCUAAAAGCCAGACCAAGUAUUGAAAACGCUUGGAUUGGCGCCAAAGGGGAACUAGGAGUUUGGUCUUGGAUCGACAGUGGAGUAAACAUUUUUACUCCACCUGCACUAAACGGGGUUGCAAGUUGGCCACCACUGAGGGAGGGCUCAACAAUCAAACAAAAUGGCUGCCUAUUACUGGACAGACACACGGCCAGGUCACCGGUGUUCCUGGAAGCGAGGUGUGAAAGGAGAAUGCACUUUAUUUGCUACCAAGGCAUGUCAGAGUCCACAACGGCAGCGCCACCUAGUGACGACAACUACUACUACGUGCUGGUCCGCCAGCAGUUCUACUGGCAGCACGCUCAUGAAAACUGUCUGAAGAUGAACGGAACCCUCGCCGCUAUCGACAGCAACGACAUUCUGAUUCAACUGCUGCUCGUUAUGGGUGAAAAUAAGGAUGAACCUGUGGAGCACAUUUGGAUAUCAGGGCGCUUAAACAUGACAAGAGAUGCAGCCACCGAUGAAGUAUCAUACUACUGGUACAACCCUACAAACGACAAAAUAAUCCCAGAUCCGAAAACAGUCAACCCUCGUACAAAAUACAUGGCGCCGUGGCUGGAAGAGGACUUCACCAUGGAUAACUCAUGCCUCAAUUUGGACAGACAGGACCAUUUGAAUGGCUUGGUGUACGGCCUACCGUGUGACACACCACAGUACUCCAUCUGCAUGAUAGAGAAACCUCCAAAAGCACAGCCCUCUGAAAUCAUGGCAUAAGAGUAUCAAGAAAAUUAUCUAGAUUUAGUGUUUGCUAACACUUAAUAGCACAGAAAGUUACUUUUAUAGGGGCAUUAUUAUAAAUCAUGUUAU